UUCCCUCAUAUUUUAUAUUGAUACAAUAUAAUUAUAUAGAAAUAAUUAAGUUUGGUACAUUAAUUUACUAUUUAAUGAUAAAAUUAUAGUGUAAGUCUAUUAUUAAAUCGUCACUGAAUGCACUUGAAAAUGUAUUUAUCAGUUAUUUAUAUGACUACGAAUGUUGAUAAGUUUCAUUCUCUAAAACAAAGUGAAUGUGGUAGGGUUUUACCCAUCUAUAACGUGACAAAAUCACUACUUUUAUUUAAGUAAUGAUGAAUAAAAAUCUUUUAAUUACAAUAGCAAUUGUUUUUGCUUCUAAUCAAUUCCAAACUACCAAGGCUGAUUUGAGUAUUGUCAGUUAUGAUGUCGAGUGUCCUAUAGCUGAUCCUGAGUACUUUAAAGAUAUAGAAGUAUAUAUUGAAAAUGAAGGCAGAGAUAACGAAUUUUUUAUCAAUUUUACAUUAAUCAAAAUCUUGCCAGCUGAUGCUAUGAUAACUCUCAAGAUGAUUGGAGCUUCAAUGGGUGAAUUUGUUGUGUCAACUGGAAUUGAUUUUACCGUUAAAGCAUGUAGUGCCGUCGAUGAACCUAUUUUUGGUCAACAUAUAUACCGACAAUUGGGGAUAAAUGAAGAAGAGUGUCCAUCUCCUCCGGGUGUCUAUGGAGGAAGUCACGUAAAUCUAGUAUCUUUAGAUACUCUUCCCGAUACAUUUCCACCAAACGACUACAAGAUAACCCUCACUAGUCAGCAAGAAGACCACAUUUUUUAUCAAUGUUGGACUUACUUUAAAAUACAGUGAUCACUGAAUCGAUAUGUGAU